AUGGAGGUUAAAUUUGCGGAUAAAAAUAUGAUAGACUGUUUGGUUCAGUUUGGAGAAAUCACUUUUUUCCUCUCUUGUAUAUAUGGCGAACCCGCCACUGAGGGGCGUGAUGCUGUGUGGGAAAGACUCAAUCGUUUUGGUACCAACAGGAAAGAACCAUGGUGCCUUAUCGGGGAUUUCAACGAGAUACUUAGUAAUGAAGAAAAGACGGGAGGUCCAAGAAGAUCGGAAGCCUCUUUCGGGCCAUUUGCGGAUAUGCUGAAGAUCUGUGGUAUGGAAGAAUUGAUCAGCAAGGGAAACAAACUUACUUGGGCUGGUAAGAGGUGGAAAAACUGGAUACAUUGCGCACUGGACAGAUGCUUCGGGAACAAGGAAUGGCACAAACUGUUCCCAGCCUCUAACCAAUCUUUCUUGGAUAAGCGUGGCUCUGACCACAGACCGGUCUGGAUGAAUUUCUAUGCCUCUCAUCAAGCUUUCAAGGGCCAGUUCAGAUUUGACAAAAAAUUCCUCAUCCAACCAAACGUGAAGAAUCAAAUCUGCAUUGCGUGGUCGUCGAAUCGCAAUGGUCAGCAUCAGUCUGUAUCCCAAAGAAUUAGAAGCUGUAGGAAUUCUCUAAGCCGCUGGAAGAAACAAACGAUGUUCAAUGCGCAGGACAAAAUACGUCUCCUCCAAGAAAGGCUGGAAUGGAUGCAAUCAAGAGAUUACCCUUGCCUCUUCAUGGUCAACAUCAUUAAGAGGGAUCUGAUAAAAGCCUACAAAGAAGAAGAAUUAUUCUGGCAGCAGAAAUGUAGAGACAAGUGGCUACUUCAAGGGGAUCGUUGCACUAAGGUCUUCCACUCGGCAGUCAAAACAAAUAGAUCCAGGAACUCGGUUUCCACGCUGAAAGAUGAAUCAGGAAAGUGCCAUUGGUCUGAAGGUGCGAAAGCAGAAGUAGCCAUUGAGUACUUCUCUAACAUUUUCCGAUCGUCAAACCCGCAACCUUAUAGCUCUGUUCUGGAGAGUAUGAUUCCCAAAGUCUCGGACUCUAUGAACGAAUCUCUCACCAGAGUCGUUUCUAAAGAAGAGGUUAGAGAGGCAAUAUUCUCUAUUGAUCCAGACAGUGCACCGGGACCUGAUGGGAUGACGGGCCACUUCUUUCAACGAUAUUGGGACCUAAUUGGAGAGCAAAUCACAAGGGAGAUUCAGGAGGUCUUUACAACGGGGGCUCUCCCUAGAGAAUGGAACUUCACGUAUCUGUGCCUCAUCCCCAAAGUCAAGGACCCAGAACUCAUGAAAGACCUGAGACCGAUCAGUCUCUGCUCAGUUUUGUACAAGACGGUCUCAAAGAUUUUGGUUAGAAGGCUCCAACCGUUUUUACAAGACAUCAUCUCGGUUAAUCAAUCAGCAUUUGUGCAGGAUCGCCUCAUCUCAGAUAACAUAGUCAUUGCCCACGAAGCAGUUCAUGCACUGAAGACCCACCAUUUGAUUUCUAUGGAGAUGAUGGCUGUGAAAACGGAUAUGUCGAAAGCAUACGACCGCGUUGAGUGGAGUUAUCUCAGUUGCUUGAUGCGGGCGCUCGGGUUUAGCCUGAAGUGGGUGGAGUUGGUGAUGAUGUGUGUAUCAUCAGUGUCCUAUGCGGUUCUCAUCAAUGACCAACCAUUUGGCUUGAUAAAUCCCCAAAGAGGUAUCCGCCAAGGAGACCCACUAUCGCCUUUCCUAUUUGUCCUGUGCACUGAGGGUCUGACUCACUUGCUAAACGUUGCGGAGAGAAAUGGGUUGAUCAGUGGCCUGAGGUUCUCAGAGGUUGGCCCGACUGUGUCGCAUCUGUUGUUUGCAGACGACAGUUUGUUCCUAUGCAAAGCUAAUGUGAAUGAAACCUCUGCGCUUCAAAGAAUCCUCAACUUUUAUGGUGAAGCCACUGGACAAAUCAUCAACCUUGAGAAAUCAUCUAUCUCUUUCGGUGAUAAGGUAGAUGAAGGAACAAGAGCGAGAAUCCAAUGGCUCCUAGGAAUAUUUAAUGAGGGGGGAGCAAGCAAAUAUUUGGGCUUGCCGGAAUGCUUCUCAGGCUCAAAGGUGGAUCUCUUCUCUUAUCUUAAAGACAGAACUCAAGAUCGGCUUGAUGUAUGGUACUAUAAGCGCUUGUCGCAAGGUGGAAAAGAGGUCAUAAUCAAAUCGUCGGGAUCCUCCCUCUCAACCUUUGCAAUGUCUUGCUUCAAACUCCCCAAAUCAAUCAUUGACAAACUCUCAUCUAUGCUGGCGGCUUUUUGGUGGGGAGCUGAGCCUCACAUCAGAAAAAUUCAUUGGGUUGCAUGGGAACGUAUGUGUCUACCGAAGGAACAAGGCGGUUUGGGUUUUACAGAUUUAGAAGCAUUUAUUCAAGCAAUGCUAGCGAAACAAGCGUGGAAAAUGAUAUCUCAACCGAAAUCUCUCCUUGCACGUUACCUGAGAAGUAGGUACUUUCCCGGUGGUGUCUUCCUUUCGGCAACUUUAGGUUCGCGACCGUCAUUUGCCUGGCGCAGCCUGUUGCAUGGAAGAGAGCUGCUGGUCAAAGGCUUGAGACAUAGAGUGGGCAAUGGGGAAAAUACCAAAGUCUGGACUGACAAGUGGAUUGAGGAUCCUGUAGAAGGCAUGAGAGCACCAUGGAUCAAGAACUACAACUUCGAUGUGAACUUGCGGGCAAGCUCUCUGAUUGAUCCUCAUUCAAGGAGAUGGAAAAGGUCAGCAUUAUGUGAAGUCUUUGUUCCAGAGGACAUACAAUGGCUGGAAAGAAAUCAACCGGUGGUGUUGAUGGAAGACUUUCACUCAUGGAAGCUUACACGAAGUGGCCAAUUCACAGUUAAGUCAGCCUACCGACUGGCCUUGGAGGAAAAAACUAGACAAAACCAACCAGAAGCUAUCAAUUUACCGUCAGUUAACAUCCUCAAAGAGAGAGUUUGGAAAGUCGUAACAGUCCCAAAGAUCAAAGUUUUCCUUUGGAAAGCCUUAAAUGGAGCCCUUCCAGUGGCAGAGCAGAUUGAAGCUAGGGGGAUGAAGGUGGACAGCAGAUGUCAAGUAUGUGGAAACGGAACUGAAUCGAUUAACCACAUGCUCUUUGAAUGCCCACUUGCACGCCAUGUGUGGGCUAUCUCGGGCAUUCCCAACCCGCAAAAUGGUUAUCACUGCUCCUCGAUCUUUGUCAACUUCAGUUACCUCCUCAACUUGGAGGAAAAACGGGAGUUGACUCCCCAUUCGAUUAGAAGUUGGCCAUGGAUACUGUGGAUCUUAUGGAAAACGAGAAAUGAACUCUUGUUCAAAAGCUUAGCGCCGACCCCAACAAAUGUUAUGCAGCGUGCAACACAAGACUCUGAGGAAUGGUUUGAGGCGCAAACUGUGGAGGAAAAUAUCACGCUGGACACUACUGUGGGGGCUCAAAAGGAGAUAGUGAGAUGGAAACCUCCUCCCAAAGAUUGGAUGAUGUGCAAUGUGGGAUUUGAUUGGAAUAGAUCCAAAAAUCUGGUGGGAGGAGGAUGGGUAAUUCGAAAUGAGAGAGGAGUGGUUGUGUGUCACGGUAGAAGAGCCUUCAGCAACAUCAAGUCGAGGGAUGAAGCUAGGCUUUUGGUCAUUCUCUGGUCCUUGGAGAGCAUGCGAAGCCAUAAAAUGUCUAAUAUAAUCAUUGCUGGUGAGUUCUCGGAGAUGUUUGGGGCGGUGGAGCGUCCACAAGCUUGGCCCUCCUUUCUUCACUAUGCAGGACAAAUUGAAUCUAGUAUGGCAGGGAUUGCUGGGUGUAAGUUGCAAGUGGCGAGCAGAGAAAUAAACAGAGGAGCUACUUUCAUUGCACGAAGCGUAACGGGUCAGGGUCUGGUCAGAUCAUAUGUUCAAAGUGGCUACCCCCCUUGGCUUUUUGAGUUCUUUGUCAAUGAAAGCCGUUACCUUUAA